AUGCCUGCUGCCACGCUCUCGCGCUCGUUCUGGCAGGCCAUGGCGCUAAGUCCGCUGUACCUCUUCCUCCUCCCUCCUCACACCGCCACGAGCUCCGACAUGCCAGGAUGCACAUGGCACGAGGAUCGGCCGACGGGCGUGAGCGAUGCAAGUUGGACCCUCGGGUUGCGAGGAGGAUCAGACUGGCACAAGAGGAUCACUAAGGAGACUUACGACAUCCUGAACAAGAGCGAACUCAUCGAGGAAUGGCGGAGGAACGACACGCGCGAUGGGGGGAGCGGGAGGCGGCCGCUGCUCAUGGCAGAUACUCUCCUGCUCAUCGCCAAGCUCCACCAUGAGAGGUACACGGACAGCAAGGGGCAGCCGAAACCCGACGAGGUAUCGCUGCUGUACCGUCAGCCUGUCGCAUGCUCAGACAACAGGACGUACGGGGUCUGGACCAACUUCCACCUGGACAAGCCGUGCAUGCUCCUGCGAGCGAACACUCUAGGGAUCGGGGGAAUGAAGCUGGGAGAAUUCUGCCGGAGGGGAGAGAAGGGAAGGUUCAGGUUUGCGCGGCAGGACACUUGGUCGCGGGCAGGGAUCAACGUCGACUGCGUCCUUGACGUGAACCUGCCGGGGAACUUCUUCUUCGGUGCCGGCGUGCGGGACAUUCUGGAGAACAGCACGGGGCGGGUGAUAGGGAUGGAGGACAUGCGGGUAGAGCUGGCCAAGGUUAUGGACGCGUACGGGGAGAAGUGGGUGGACGGGUAUGGGCAAUUGCAGAAUCACUGCCUGCUCAAGAUCACAGUCUGGUGCAGCAUCGAUGCUGUGUACUCGUACGAGGUGGAGCAAAGGAUGCUGCAGGAGGACUUCCUGGAGAGGCUGACGGCGCUGCUGACUGAGCGGCUUCACUGGAAGCUGGAGGCGGCGGCUCAGCAGCAGCAGGUCAUGGAGGAGAGAGAGGAACUACGGCUGCAGUGGCAUGCAAAGCCUCUUGCCGUCAGCCUCGGCGACUGCGAGGUCUGUGGGACCAAGUACUUGAACCAUGUCGUCCUCACGGAUCAAGAGUCCAUUGACAAUGCUGAGAGACAAGUCGACCCUCGUCUACUCAACGUCACUUACGACGGCGCGAUACCGCUCGACUUGAGGGUUGGAAGUAGCAGGAGCACAACUUUCAACAAGCUCAUCUACUCAUCAGGUCCAGGAAAAAUUCUUGCUCUUCUCGGAGCCGGAGGAGACCGAGGGACUGAAGAUUGCCCGCCGCCUUGCCAACUUGGAUUUCGACGACGAGGAAG